ACUUAUAAAAACAAUGAGUUUUGGUAUUCAUCCAUUUCCCAAGUGCAUCGACUUAUUUUUUGUAUUGAUUAUUGACUUACCUUUUGGUGUGUUUAUAUCACGUUAAGCUAUUCAACAACAUUCACCUAGAUUAUCCAUCGCUAAUACACAUUCCGAUAAUAUCACAAUGGCUGAUCCCAAUUCAAGUAAUGUUGAGCAAGAAGAGGACACAAAAGUAGGCAGUAGCAAUAUUCAGGAAGGUGAGAAUGCAGGCCAAAGUGAAAGUAACAUUCAGCAAGAUGAUGGCGGAGGCAGAAGUGAAAGUAACAUUCAGGAAGAUGAUGGCGGAGGCAGAAGUGAAAGUAACAUUCAGGAAGAUGAUGGCGGAGGCAGAAGUGAAAGUAACAUUCAGGAAGAUGAUGGCGGAGGCAGAAGUGAAAGUAACAUUCAGGAAGAUGAUGGCGGAGGCAGAAGUGAAAGUGACAUUCAGGAAGAUGAUGGCGGAGGCAGAAGUAAAAGCGACAUUCAGGAAGAUGAUGACGGAGGCUUAACUGAAGACAAUGAAUUUGAAUUAGCUAAGACUGAAGAUGGUGUGUUGUCCACCUCUCCAUUAUUAUCAGAAGAUGAGAUUGAUCACUUAGCAAAAGCUGCAACCGAUAUGAUAAGUGAAACUGAAACUGUUUUGACUCGAGGAUCUACGAUUGAGGGGUUGGCUCCACAGAAAGACUCUAGAAAAGACAUCCAACUAUCAGAUGAGGAAAUGGAGAAAAUAGGAGUGGUUUUAAGUGAAGAAGAUGAAUCUAUUUUACAAAAUCCUUUGAGCGAUGAAGAAACUGAGGUUGGUACACCUAAGGGAGAAGUUCUAGCAACUUCAGAAACAGAAGAAGAGUCAUUGAGUGAGGAAGAGAAAGAAGCAGUUGAUGAAGCAGACACACUUGAUGUCGCAGAAGCAGCUGAAAAAGAAGAGACACCUUUGGAUGUCCAGCCCACUGUCACAGAAGUCAUUGAUGAAGCAGUUGAUGAAGCUGUUGAGGAAGCUGUUGAGGAAGCUGUUGAGGAAGCUGUUGAUAAAGAUGCUCGAUCUUCUACCGGAGAAGCAGAGGAUGAAGAAGAGGUACCUGUAGAUCUGGAGUCAAAUGUCACAGUAAAGGUCUUACUUCUGCCUCAAGAGGAAAUGGUCACUAUAACCUGUACACUUGGAGAGACUAUAAGGAAGGUUAAAGAGCGGUUUUGGAGAAGAAUGAAAAUUGAACCUGUUGUCCUUAAAAUCAAAUUCAAUGGUGAAAUACAAAUGGAUAACACACAGUUGAUUGAGCUAGGUGCCAAACGAAAUGAAACAAUUGAUUUUGAACUAGAGUCCAGAGAUCCUGAGCACUUUCCUUUAAAACCUUUCCAACGAGAGUCUUAUAUACCAGACAUUCUCACUAUCAGCGUCAUUAACAAAAAAGGAGAAGGAAAACAAGUAGCAGUGGAAGUACUACAACCAGCCAGAACGAAACCAUUCCUCGGAGGUUUUCGACACAAAACCAGUCGUGCAGAGUAUCAUAACGCCUCAAGCCAGACCAAACCUGUCCCACUACACUGGCCUAAAAAGACACUAUUCACUCGAGACACUCAAACAAAACAAUUGUCCAACCAAAAGAUGCAAACCCCUCAAGAUACAUCAACACAGAUGACGAAAAUUGGUUGUUAUGUGUCUGUAGCAGAAAACAGACUUCACACUCCUGGUAAAUAUAUAACCUCAAAGGAAAAAGAAGAUGUGAGGCUUGAAAAGGUGAUUGUACUGCAGACAUAUUUACGUCGGUACCUUGCCUGGAAGUAUGUAAUGAAAAUCAGAAAACAGAAAGAAGCAAGAUUACAGUUUGAAAAAGAGGAAGCUUUGAAAAGACAACAGGAGAAAGAAAAUAGAAUUAAGGCUGAGUUCCUGCGUCGACAAUGUCCUCGCAGCAGGAAAGAUUUCCAUACAUUAUAUGACGCGCUUGAAAAAUGGCGCCUACAAGAAAUUGCCAAGAUCAACGAAACUUUAACUGGUGCUGAACGCAAAGCAGCUCUCUACAUGUUGUUGAAUCAAGAAAUGGAGCAUCUCGCAGCCAUUGGGAGACACCAAGCCAUUGUUGAUGAAAUUAUUGCUGAGAAGAAUAUAGAGUCUUUCCUUAAUAAGACUGCUGCUCCGCGAAGUAUCAUCUCUAGCUAUGACAACCAAAAGACACUCAUUGACACUCCAUAUACAAUACGAGCUAGAGAGUUACAGGAGAUCUAUAACAGCCUCAUCAUAAAUAAUUUCACUCUUGAUGAAAGACUCGAUAUUUUGCUGACGUUAAAAUAUACAGUAAGGGAACACGAUUGCAAGUUGAGUUACGAGAUUACAUGCCUGGUUGACCGUGAAGCUGACCUUCUGAUGAGAGGCGUGUCAAAUAACAGUUUGGUAGGCCUCCGUAAAAGGAUUGCUACUCUGUUUCUACAGUACAUCAAGACACCAGUCUUUAACCCAGAAGCUGCCAGAUAUACAACGCUUCCGCCAUUGACAAAGAACCAGAAAGUAUAUUACUGUGCAAGUUGCAACAAAUUUUAUUCAUCAAACCAGUUCCCACUUAAUGUUAAUGCCCAAGUACCUGGUCCAUGUAAAAUGUGUAAGAGUAAAGACAAUGAAGGUCGUCUUAGAAGGGACUUCAACAUCUACAGGUAUAUGCUGAAAUCUCUGCGGUCAAGGGAAGAACGCUACAAAGACAACUCAACUAUUGCUUUUCUUCUUCAGGAUUCAGAUAUUUGUUACCUUGUUGAGAAGAUCUGGAACAGUGAAAGUAUUAUCAGCAACUGUAAUGAUCUGUAUGAACUUAUCUGGGUACGAUGGAAUAAAGAUGAAGUAUGGUCACCUUGGAACUGUUUUUUGGUAACAUUUGAAGAAGCUGAAAUGCAUAGCAAGUUGGACGAUCUGGAAAUUGCCUAUGGCGAAGUAUUUGUCAACAAGGUUCUUCAGAAACACCUUUCAGCCAAGUCUCACUUCUCUCGUCUUCCUUGGCUGGAGAGUCAGAUCAACCAACCAAAAGAACUGGGACUGUCAGUCUCCCAGAAAAGAGAUGGCAGAUACUUAUCAAAGAAAACCUCGUGUAACUUAUUCCCUUCAGGCUAAUGAAAAGAUAAUGGCAAAUAAAACUGUUUUAUAUGUGUGA